AUGUCCGGUAGAGGAAAAGGUGGAAAAGGUUUAGGAAAAGGUGGUGCUAAGCGUCACAGAAAGAUCUUAAGAGAUAACAUUCAAGGUAUUACCAAGCCAGCUAUCAGAAGAUUGGCCAGAAGAGGUGGUGUUAAGCGUAUUUCUGGGUUAAUUUACGAAGAAGUCAGAGGAGUUUUAAAGACAUUUUUGGAAAAUGUCAUCAGAGAUGCAGUCACAUACACAGAACACGCCAAGAGAAAGACUGUUACUUCAUUGGAUGUUGUUUACGCUUUGAAGAGACAAGGUAGAACCUUGUACGGUUUCGGGGGUUAG